AUGACGAGACAAUAUCCACAGAUCCAGACCGUUACAUCUCCUCUCUCGUCGCGAGAGAAGGGUGAUUGGGGAUUCAAGCGACCUUUUCCUCUAAAGUCUACCUUGACAACCUCAACGCCAUUGAUUCGAGUCAAGCAAGUUGACUCUAUUGAGAGCGUUACCGAUUUCGCUUCUGCCGCCGACCACGCUCUUUCGCUCGAAAAGUUCCAGGAGAUGCGAAUUGCCAUGUCUAUUCCCAAGGGCAAGGAUACAAACAGCCCAUCUUUCACAACCGAUACGUGGCACAAGUCUGUUUUCGAGGAGGAUCUUGACUUUACUCAGCGUCGUAAAGGACGAAAAGACGAUAAGCGAUGGAAGUUCACGGGACCUUGGCUGGCCAGGAUGACUGAGGGCGAAUUCAUGGCCUACCUCGACAAGAAGGUCCGACCACAGCGUGACGAUUUUGCAAAGUUGCUCCGGGCAAAGCUCGCUGAGUCUAUCAAUGCUGAGAGAGCUAAGUCUGCCAUGGAGCAGGGCAAGGAGGCACCACAAAAGAUCACAAGUAGGGACAUCAAUCGUGAAGACUACAUUGAGUAUGUGCGCUCUUUACGAAACGACCGUGCUACACUAUAUGGCUUGGUUUCCAAGUUCCUCGAUCUUGCUCCUCUGGGCCAGCCUGUUGGCAUUAUCCAGACAUUCUUGGCCGGUGGAGAGAAUGCCGCCGCUGAGAGUCCCUAUGGCAAAUCCGGACCACCGCCCAGCCACCCCUCCGCUGGUAUCAGCUAUCUGAGAACAAACUCAUUUAUGGAGAAUCAUCCUGUUUAUGGGCCUCAGAAACAACGAGCUCCUACUCUUGCCCGAGUGGUGUACCCCAGAUUAGGCCCUUCUGCUGCCAAGCUUGGUGUUGGUGGUUUCGUCGCCGACUCUCCUCCAGGAGACAACGAGUUCAACAACAGAAACCCUGCGCGCAACAGAAUCUCAACAAACAAAAAGAUGCUCACUGGUAUUUCCCACCUUGAUACCACAACCUUUGGUGGUGCCAAAGCAUACGUCAGCCCUGAGACCGCUACCGUUGAUCCCAGCGGAAAGGUCGUGGUUCAACUUCGGGAAGCAGGAACCGAGGCCCAGCUCAUUGCGAGGGAAGCCAAGGGACGUGGCCAUGUUUACAAUUCAACAAAGCAAGUUAAGCAGGCCAAGAGUGCGCCAGCGGAUCCUUGGCGAGCAGACCGUGUUGUUGAUGAGCUUGUCGGGGGUGAGAAUGCAGAUGCUCCUGAGGGAAAUGCUGUCAGCAGCUCUAGGAACUAUGGCCUUGAUGGAAGGCAAUAA